GAAGGGGCCUCCAUUUAGUGAGUCCUUCCCUGAAGGCAAGACUUGCCACCUCUCCAUUCUUUUCCAGCUCCACGAUGGUGUUGCAGGUCCCUGAGGCCCUCUGGACAGCGGCUCAGACAGUGUUACUGAUGGUGCUGAGCAAUCCCAAGGUCCAGGGCAGGACCACUCCAGAGAAUUACCUGCUCCAGUCACGGCACGACUGCUACGCGUUUAACGGGACGCAGCGUUACAUCCACGAGUAUGUCCUUAACCGAGAGGAGUUGGUGCGCUUCGAUAGCGACGUGGGGGAGUACGUGGCGGUGUCGGAGCUGGGGCGGCGGACCGCCAAGUACUGGAACAGCCAGAAGGACUACGUGGAGAUGAGACGGGCAGAGGUGGACAGGGUGUGCAGACACAACUACGAGCUAGGGGAGCCCAUCCUCCUGAAGCGCAGAGUCCAGCCUAAAGUGAACGUGUCCCCCUCCAGGAAGGGGCCCCUGCAGCACCACAACCUGCUUGUCUGUCACGUGACAGAUUUCUAUCCAGGCAGCAUUGAAAUCCGGUGGUUCCGAAAUGGACAGGAGGAAACAGCUGGGAUUGUGUCCACCGACCUGAUCCGUAAUGGAGACUGGACUUUCCAGAUCCUGGUGAUGCUGGAAAUGACCCCCCAGCAGGGCGACGUCUACACCUGCCAUGUGGAGCACCCCAGCCUGGACAGUCCUGUCACUGUGGAGUGGAAGGCACAGUCUCAUUCUGCCAAAAACAAAAUGCUGACUGGAGUCGGGGGCUUUGUGCUGGGAUUCAUCAUCCUUGGAGUGGGCAUCUUCAUGCAUAAGAGAAGCAAGAAAGUUCAACAAGGUGCUCGAUAAAACAGGUGCAUGGAGAUUCGCUGCUGCCUGGAUGCAUCAUAUGGAAUGGAUUUGAGCUUUGGAAGUUGCAGCUUGCCUCAACCUAUACUUGCUGUGCAGAUUCAGCUAGCAGUACGCCAGCGAUCCUGCAAUCCAUGAUUCCCCAUUUCCACUAUCCUUGAAUUGUCUCUCCUUCCACCUGUCGCUCAGUCUGAUUGUUUAGCUUUGUCUUUGAUGAUUAGGGUUCCUGGAUUAUCAUAUAAAUGCUAUUCAUUUGCUUUUUCAUGUCUUUUUGUCAGAGAAAUGAAAUGAAGUGUCUGGUUAUUUUACCAUCUUGGCCCCACCGCCUCUAUAUUAUUUCUUGAACUGUAAGUGAAUGUGUGAUCGUUUAAAAAUACAAAGGUUAUUUUAAAAAAUAUUCACAGUAUAGGAAUAAAUUAGGGCAAACAAAAUGAUGGCACCUAAUUUCAUGGGUAAUUAUUUAGCCCUUGGAAGCAGUGUUUAUAAAAAUAUAAUAAAAACAUGGGCAAUUACUUAAAAUAUAUAGUGUUAAGCAACCUAUGCAAGAUUAAAAGAUUCCAAUAUGAUAAAUUUGUUUUAUUAAAAAAAACAGAUGUAAAUGUUUUGGGAAAAAACACUAAAAAGAAAUACACUGAAAUAGUCAUAAUCAUUUUUUUAAGAUGGGGCAAGAUUACUUUCUCUUUUUACUAAAUUUAUGGACUUCUAAUCUUCACUGAGCAGGUUUCACUAGUAUAAGAAAAUAUGUCUUAAUUUUCAUCAUUUUAUAAAACAAUUAAGAAUGUGAUCGACUGCUUUUUCUGCACUUGGUUUCAGAAGUCCUCCAGCAUCCAGUGGCCUACCUGAGAGGAAGCUGGAUUCUGACAACAAGGAGGCAGUGUUGCCACCAAAAUACUCUGUUGUACAUAGUAGACCACCUAAGAAGGUAUUGUCCAAUCCCUACUUACAUUGCAGGCCUAUAGAAGUUUCAUUCUGGGCCAAGACUUAAAUCACAGAGAAAGCUCUAUUACAUGGCAUCUGAUAUUUUCUUCCCAACACUGAAGAUGGCAGACCACUUGGUCAUUUCACUUCUCCCUUGACAGAAAUCCCUAUAUUCUAGAGAGAUCUGCAGUAACACUGCAAUAAUCCUACUAAGCAAUCUGUGGUUUUUCAUGUGGUAUAAUCCAGAUUUCCAACUUCUAACUCAUAUAGAAAAGCAGGAUUUCCAGUUUUUCACCCUUGUCUAAGAACUGGGGAGUCUAGAAUAUUAUGACUUUCCAAGAAGUAUUUAUAUGGAAUUAUCAAGAGGGUGACUAAUAAUUCUACUUAUACAGUCAAUUAAUCAAGGAGUAGAUUGGAAUGUUGAGUACAUAAUGAUGAAACUUCAUGUCUUAGUUAUCUAGUGCCGCUGUAACAGAAAUACCACAAGUGGAUGGCUUUAACAAACAGAAGUUUAUUCUCUCACAGUCCAGUAGGCUAGAAGUUCAAAUUCAGGGUGCUGGCCCCAGGGGAAGCCUUCUGUCUCUGUCAGCUCUGUAGGAAGGUCUUUGUGUUGUAUCAGUCUUCCCUUGGUCUGGGAGCAUCAAAGGAAAAGAUCCUCAGGUCCAAAGAUGCGCUCUUCUCCCAGCACUGCUUUCCUGGUGGUAUAAGGUCCCUCAACCCUCUACCUGCUUCUCUUUCCUUUUAUGUCUUCUAAGAUAAAAGUCGGUGCAGGCCACAUCCCAGGGAAACUCCCUUUACAUUGGGUCAGGAAUGUGACUUCAGCAAGGAUGUUAUGUCCUACCCUAAUCCUCUUUAACCACAGACAGAGAUUUUGAUUUGUAACACACAGGAAAAUCACAAAAUGGAGGACAACCACACAAUACUGGGUCUCAUGGCUGAUGAAGUUGACACAUAUUUUGGGGGGACACAAUUCAAUCCCUGACACCUAAGCUAUAAAGUGUCCUGUCUAUUGGUGAGACUUGCAGUUUACACCCUUAAUUCUACAUUAAGUGGCAAAAAGUACUAGCAGUGUGCUGGCUAAUCCCGAAAUUCCAAUAAGUGCAGUUACUCCAAGAAUAAUUUCAACAGAUAAUGUCCUUGUCUUGCCUCUAAGGAAUGAUUAUAUAAGAAUCCAAAAAGGACUAUUAUUUUUAUUAGGAAGAAAUUUCCUCUGGUAUGAAUAAGAAAUAUAUCUUUCUUUUUUUGUUGUUGAAGUUAGUUUUCAGAUCAUUCUCUUUGCAUUUUUUAAUUAUUUCCAGCAACUGAAAUAUCUGUGACAUUGGAAGAAAAAGUAAAUAUUUCUUAGUAUUUAUCAUGUCCCAGGAACUCAACUAGUUGGUAAUGUGAGUGAUUAUGUAAUGUAGCCCUUCAUUCUAGGGUUGAGGAAAGAGAAGCUCAAAAGAGUAAAUCAUUUGACCAAGCUAUAGAGCCAGUGUCUCAUGACUCUGAACACACUGCCCUUUCCUCUCUACCACAUAACUAUAUCCAUUAACUGAGAUUCAGAGUAUGUAUGAUAAAGUGAAAUAUUGUUUUGUAUUGGGGGGUGAUGGAAGGGAAAAUAGUAAAUUCAAGCAUGUGGAAUUCAUAGAAUGAAGGUUUGCUCAACUUUAUUCUAGAUAUUCUCCUGAUCUCAGAUAAACUCAUGUUUUUAAUUCCUGGACUUUGGAUUUAGGCAUAACUAGGAUUUAAUGCUAAUACAUAUGCUAAUAAUUACUACCUUGGGCCUUAAAAGCACUGCUUAUUAGCCUCCUAUCUAUUUAUUAAUUAAUUUGACAAACUUUACUGAGUAUCUCCAACUGUUCUAGGUGCUAAAAAAAAAAGAUUUAGUAAUUAAGAAAAAUGCAAGUUCAUUAUAGUUAAAUGAGAUACUACAUCGGGAAGUGUUGCUUGGUGAGAGAAAAGCAAUCAGUACAUAGUGAUAUGAUUUUUACCUCAGUUGUCCUGUGAGAAUCAGAAGGUGAAGUCAUGAACUUUUUCACAAUGCCCAGCUUCCCACCACAGGUACUCAUGCAUCACUAAAAGGGAGAGUCUAGAGUUAAAGCCAUUUCCUGCUCUUUGAAAACUGACCAGGGACCUCCCAAAGAUGCAUUAAAAAUUUCAAGCACCCCCCACCAAACACUAAAUACUUAGAUCCUCACUCCCUAAUCUGUUUCACAACUGCAAAAUGUGAUCUCCUAGCACGCCACACAACCAUAUCUGUUUCCUUACGUAAAAGGAGGUUGUCAGAUGAUCCUCUUGCCACAUAUUAAUCAUCCCAAGCCUCCUCCACCUCCUCCCCAAAGCCUGGGGUCAGGCCUUCUUAAUAGAUACGUCUGCUGGAGACAAGUGAUGCUGCUUCACUCUCUAUCACCAUUGGCUGAUAAAAAGGUCUAUGAAGGGAUGGGGAUUUCCAGCAAAUGUUUCGUUCUCCUUUCUUAAAAUGCCUCAGUGUAAAAGCUAUAAUGCCUUUCCAAAAUGGAAUUAAGUUGAACAGAGAUGGAUGAGAAAGAUUUUGGGUUUGAGGACUUAACUUGUGGGAGUUGCCUUCAAAAAGACGUAAGAGAAAUUCCUUCCAAAAUGACUCAUGAUUCCUUUAUUAUCCAAUGAUAUUUCCUACAAGGCAAAGCCUACAUGAUUCCCUAGACAGACACAUCAUGCCAUCCCUCUGCAACAAAGACCCAAAAAAACCUAAAUAUAACAGAUAAAACAAAAAUCCUGGAACCCUAAGCAUAAAAUGAAGAGAUAAAGAACUAGAUCAAACACUGAAUGGAAGUGACUCUUUGUUCUCGGGCUGUCUCAGGACUCUUUAUUUGUCUUUGAUUUUGGCAAGUGUGAUUACAGAGAAUGAAGAGAGAGAUGGAGUGGAGGUUCCAUGCCACCUAACAUAGCACAAUAUCACCAUCUUGAAGCACAGCCAGCAACAGACAGGGAGUAUGGGAAGAUACCUUCUCAGAGCUCCCAACAGAAGACAGAGCACCAGCCCCGUAUGCCCAAACUACCCUCCUUUCCACUUGAACAGCUACUGAACAGACAGAAACAACCCCAUGCCAGUCUCUAUCCAACACCCCCACCUAUCUGGUGAUGGGCUAUGAAGGCUCCCACACUGCUGGACCAAAGUCAAAAGGAGGACAGUGUGCCCCUUGUCACCCUCAACCAUCUCACCAAACUAGCGUACAGCAAAGCAAGCUCACUCAGCCUGCUGCUGCCCUGCCCACCUGGACAAGGUGGUGAGAGCUAUCAUACCCACAGAUGAGCAGCAGCAAACACUCCUGGUCUAGCCACCCUAACAUAUCAAACAAAACAAAGAAGCAGGAUGAAACAAAUGAACACACAAUCAAUAAGUACAGAAGAUAAUACCUUAAUGUCUUGGACACAGCAGACAAUAACAAAACAUAUAAAAAAGCAGGGCAAGAAGGCUCCAGCAAGUGACAAAAAUAAAGAAUCAGAUAGUCUUCUUGUAGAAUAAAAGUCAGUGGAGCUACCUGAUGUGGAAUUCAAAAGACUAAUGUUUAGGGCUCUCCAAGAGAUAGCAAAAAGGUCAAGGAAAACAGAUAAAACCAAGGAAAAAUUAGACAAAAUCAUUGAAAACAUAACCAAAAUCAAGAAACACACAGACAAAGCAACAUUGGAAUUCAGGAAAAUAAUACAAGAACAGAAUGUCAGAAUAAAUAAACAAUUAGAAACCAUACAAAAACAGCAACUGAAAAUCCAAAAGAUAAACAACAAAAUUUCAGAAAUGAACAAUUCCAUAGAAGGUUUAGGAGCAAAUUUGAAACAAUGGAAAACAAAAUCAGUGAGAUGGAAGACAAAUCCAUUAAUGCCACUUUGUGAAAAAAAAAUCAGAGAAAGGAAUGAAGAAAACCUAAGAAUUAUGUAGGUCACAAUCAAGGGCAUAAAUUUCUGCAUGAUUUAGAGUUCCCAAACCAGGAGAGAAAAUGGAAAACGCAGAGAAGAUUGUUGAAGAUUUCCUGGCAGAAAACGUCCCAAAUAUCAUAAAAGAAGAAAAAAUGACCACCCAAGAAGCUCAACCAACCCCAUAUAGGGUAGAUCCCAAAAUAAAGGUACCAAAAUAUAUCAUAAUCACACUUGCCAAAAUCAAAGACAAAGAGUCCUGAGACAGCCUGAGAAAAACAAAGAGUCACUUACAAAGGGGAAACAAUAAGACUAAGCUCUGAUUACUCAGCAGAAACUUUGCAGGCUAGCAGGCAAUAGGAUGACAUACAUAAAACCUUGAAAGAAAAAAACUGCCAAUGAAGAAUAAUAGAUCCUGCAAAACUCUCUCUCAAAUACAAUGCCAAAUGAAGACAUUUACAGAUAAACAGAAAUUAAGGGAAUUCAUAAAAAAUAAACCAAAAUUACAAGAAAUAUUAAAGAUAGUUCUUCAGUUAGAGAACCAACAACAUAGGACAACAACUGGAAUCUAGAACACAGAACACCAUCAGCCAGAAACCAGCCAAGGUAAAGGACUCUCAAUAAUAGAACACAGCUAAUUAAUUAAAAUAGGGGGAAAAACAAAAAAGACAUCCAUCUGUAAAUGAUGACAACUUCAAAACAAUACAAGCGGGAAUAAAUAGUGUAAGUAUAGAGCUUUCAAUUGCAGAGGAAGUCAAGGUGAUAUCAAGUAAUAAAAGACUGGUUCAAACUUAGAAAGAUAAGGGCAAAUUUCAAGGUAGCCACAAAGAAAGCUAGCAAACCUACUCAACAGAAAAAAAAAAAAAAAAAAGACAAAAAACAAA